AUGAUCAAGUUCAUCCUCGUUCAAAACAGACAAGGAAAAACCAGGCUGUCAAAGUGGUAUGCUCCUUACGACGACGACGAAAAGGUUCGCCUGAGAGGAGAGGUUCACCGUCUGAUUGCCCCCCGAGAUCAAAAAUACCAAUCCAACUUUGUCGAGUUUCGUGACGACAAGGUCAUCUACCGACGAUACGCUGGUCUUUUCUUCUGCGUCUGUGUCGACUCCAACGACAAUGAGCUUGCCUAUCUUGAAGCAAUCCACCUCUUUGUCGAGGUAUAUGCAAUCCUAGACGAAGUGUUCCUCGCUGGAGAAAUAGAAGAGACGAGCAAGCAAGUGGUCUUGGAUAGGUUGGACUACCUGGAGAAGCUUGAGUAG